CAACUAGCAAGUCUACACUUUAUAAAUCCUUCUCCUUCUCCUUCUCCUUCUCCUUCUCCCUCUCCUAAAAUCAAAUUCGAUCAACAACAAUGGCGUUCAUCGUCCCGCCCGCCCACGAUUUCCUGUCGACCCUCCCAUCGCACCUCAUCAUCGACAUCCUCUCCCGCCUCCCCGCCAAAUCCCUCCUCCGCUGCAAAUCCGUCUCCAAGCACUGGCUCCAUCUCACCUCCGAUCCCUACCUCGCCAAGCUCCAUCUCACCAGAUCAAAGCCCGGCGUCGCCAUCCACCAGUCCGAGAUAUCGAAGAACCUCCUCCGACUAGCCGAUUUCGACGAUUUCCACCUCCCCACGGCGGAGAUCGACCUCCAAUCGCUCACCCCCUCCCCCGAAAUCGCCGUCGACGGAUCCGUCAAGGGUCUCCUCCUCCUCCGCGACGCCAAUUACAAGCACGGGGCUCUCUACGUCUGCAAUCCCCUCACGCGCGAGUACAUCGAGCUCGCCGCCCCCAACCAGGUCGUCCGCUACCCUAGCGUCGUCACGCACGGAUUCGGAGUCAGCAAGGGGAGUGACGAAUUCAAGGUCGUCAGGAUUUAUCAGGAGAGGGAAAUGGACCCUAGGAGCGGCUCCUGCUUGAGAAUCCCCAAUUCCGAGUGCCACGUCUACACGCUCGGAACAGGGGAGUGGCGCGCUGUCGGCGACGCUCCUUUCGCCUAUGACGGCCGCCUAAUUGGCCAGUUCUUCAGGGAUAAUCUUCACUGGCUGGUUGAAGAUUUGAACGGCCAGGAACUCAUCUCCCGGUUCGACCUUCAAAACGAGUCGUUUCACCCCUUUCCGGCGCCGUUUCCGGGGAGAAAACUGCUGGGGAGCGUGGGGGUGUUGGAUGAUUGCCUCUGCCUGUGCGAUAACACCUCCAAUUUCGAGGUGGAUAUAUGGGUGAUGAAGGAAUACGGAGUUGGGAAAUCAUGGAGCAAGAGAUUCGUGAUCAGGAAAAUGCCGGAAUUGAUUGGGCCGUCGUUUGAAAUCGUGAGAGUGCUCAAGGUUUUGGGAGAUGGGAACAUAUUGCUGGUGUGGGCGGAUUACUGCGUCCUCAAUUACUGCAGUAAAAGUGAAGUUACACAAGAAGUUGACAUGGUUCAAUCUAGAGGCCCGAAUAGCGUUGAGGCCAUGCAUUAUGUGCCCAGUUUGAUGACUCUUAACACCUUUGUCAUGGAAAAAGUUGUUCUCUUUUAGACUAUCUGAACUAUAUUUGAUGUUCGAUUUUUUUAUACAAAGCUUCAAUCUUUUACACCAA